GAAGACUCGUUGAUGACCGCCGUGCUUUCCAUCAAGUUUCAGGAGACGAUGCGAUGUUAUUGAAUUGGAGUGAGCGCGAUGUCAUGUAGAGGAAGAGAGAUAAUGCGGUAGUGGGAAAGAAAAGGUUUGGGCUCGGAAAAAGAGUUCUUCCUUUGUUAUUUUUCCACUCUUACAAGUCGACAAGGUGCUGUGGCUGAAUCUGGAUAUUGAGGCUGAAGCGAGAACCAGCAUUCCCCAACGAAACAACACAACUUUAAGUCUACGUCCACGAGACUUCUCAGUCUGGGACCUCAACGCAACGUGCUAAGGUAAGGAAGACAAAGACACUGAAUUCUUCGGUGAUCCAUAAUACGUCGCAUGCCCUGGAAGAUACAAGAUUCCAACGGCAUUGCGGGGCCUAUUGUGUCGAAUCUACGCCCUGCUUCAAAUAUGGCCCCCACCGGCCUCUAUAGCCGUUUCAAAGCUUAUUAUACCGGGGAGAAAGAUCCCGAGGUCCCUCCUGUGAGUACUACAACAGCUGUAGCUCUCUUGGUUCUUUAUACCCUUAUCUAUGUCCUCCCUUUCUACAUAUCAUCUACCACUCGACCAUCACCGCAGCUUUCGAGAGACGCCCCGUCAGUGAUCCGAGGUCGCAUACGAUCCGUGACGCUCUCUUGCAUCAUCUGUUCAGUGACUACCUUUGUCAUACUCUCGUCAGUUGAGCAUGGAGAUCCCUUCCAAUCAUUACAUCUGAUGGGUUAUUAUCCAAUUGGGCUGGAUGAAACCGUCAAAACCGUGGCACUCACUGCCAUCCUCUUUGCUGGACCUUUGUUUGAAGCUGGAAUUGCAGAAGGUGGUUGGCGUGACUGGAUCCGCCUGCGUGGUGUAAAUGAGACAGUCAGCGGUUGGAUAGGAUGGCGGAAUUAUGUUGCAGGCCCAUUGACCGAAGAGGUCCUCUUUCGUUCUGCUUCGGUGCCUCUCCUUCUCCUCUCCCAAGUCUCCAACGCAAGAAUUAUCUUCCUGACGCCUGUCGUAUUCGGACUUGCCCACGUCCAUCACUUUUACGAGUUCCGAAUAACGCAUCCGCAUACAUCCAUUAUUGCUGCAUUACUGCGAUCGCUACUGCAAUUCAGCUAUACCACACUUUUUGGAGGCUAUGUCACAUUCAUCUAUAUGCGUAGUGGAAGCUUAUUGAGUGUGAUACUUGUACAUGCAUUCUGCAAUUGGAGGGGCCUUCCUAGAUUCUGGGGACGAAUAAGUGCUGCGGAGACAGUGAUGGGACCUGAUGUAGGCGAAGGAAAGAGGAGUGAGGAUAACCCCACCAAAAAUUCCAAUGAUGAUAAACUUGCCAUUGUAUGGGACAUUGCGUAUUAUCUCAUUCUACUUUUUGGGGCUGUUGCAUGGUAUAAAUCAUUGUGGACGCUAACAGAGAGCGACUCGGCCUUGACCACCUUUUGAACAGGCAAUAGCGUUUCCUAUUCAUAGUAGUCAUGUAAGAUUAUGAUUCACUGCAAAAAAAAUUAAGCGCG